CAUUUUAUAUCAUUAACAAGCAAUGUAAUUGAAAGUGAUUCUGGAAUAGAUGAUAGUGAUGGUAUACUUGAUGAAGAAUUGGAAUUGACAAAUUAUAUACCCUUUGGUUUGACUCAAAAUAAAGAAAUUUUGUCAGAUUUUACUCAAGAUGAGGUUUGCGGUGAAAGAGUCUUGAAAUGGACUAAGCUUAUAUUGGAUAAAAUUUCAAAAAGUGCUGAUGUAUUUGAAAAUACUUCAAAUGCAACAAAUAAUGAUGAAAAGGCUGCUAUAGUGAGAAUGAUUCAACCGGGCUCUGCUAAAUCUAAACCAAAAAGAGCUAGAACUAAUGUUGCAUUGCAAACAAUUCUUCAAAUGAAACAUAACUUAGACUUGAAAGAAGAAUACGAUUCAAACAAUGAACGAGAAGACAAGGCUAUGAAGUCUUUGUAUAGCCUUCCAAUAGAAUCACCUACGGUUUUAUCUACAGAUUGGAUAGAUGAAAACAGUAAAAGUAUGCAAGAUAUUGAUUUAAAUCAAUCAACAUCAAUUUAUAGCAAUUUUAGCUUUCUUGAGGAAAACGGUUUAAAUUAUACAUCUCUCUUAUCUGGUAUGAAUGGCACUUCAAGUCUGUGGGGUAAUGGUGGCGGAUAUUCACUAUUUAGUGGUCAUUCGCCAUUGGCAAAAUUGUUAGAGGAUCAAAAGACAAAAUAUGAUACCAAUGUCAUAAAAUAGGAUCUAUAUUGGAAUAUUCUGGUUGGAACAUGAAGUUGUAGAAUUGCUUGCAGCAGGUCUUGAGAGUCCUAUUAAGCAGCUAUAAGAUGACAAUGGUGAAAGUAAGCAUUUUUUAAAGAAAAUCGUCGUUAUA